UGCCACCAUGUCCGCCCACCUGCGGGGCCCCGCCCCUGUGUCAUCAGUGUGGAGUUGGGCUUCCCGUCAGCCGACAGGAUCACAGGCGCGGCGCUAGCUGAGCGGCUAGCAGACGACGGAGGAGGGAGAGGAGAAAGAGGAUGUGCGAGCCUAGCAAGCAGGACAUCGGCGCCAUUUUCAAGCGGCUUCGUGCCGUGCCGACCAACAAGGCCUGCUUUGACUGUGGAGUAAAAAACCCAAGCUGGGCAAGCAUAACAUAUGGUGUUUUCCUGUGCAUUGAUUGCUCAGGGACCCAUAGAUCUCUUGGUGUCCACCUGAGUUUUAUUAGGUCUACAGAAUUGGAUUCUAACUGGUCUUGGUUUCAGCUAAGGUGUAUGCAAGUUGGAGGAAAUGCUAGUGCUUCUGCGUUUUUCCAUCAGCAUGGCUGCACAACAAACGACGCCAAUGCCAAGUACAGCAGUCGGGCUGCUCAACUUUACAGGGAAAAGAUUAAAUCUCUUGCAACGCAAGCAACGCGGAAACAUGGUACAGAUUUGUGGCUAAACAGCUGUGGAGCUCCUCUAUCACCUCAAGAAAAAGAAGAUGACUUCUUUGCCUCACAUGCCGCUUCUGAGGCUAUUAGUACUCAGUGGAUAUCAUCCCAACCAGAGACAAUGAAUCUAAAUCAAUGUUCUUCAGAAAUCAAACAAGAAGAACAUGAACAUGGACCAAGCGUUGAUUGUCUUAGCAUGUCUCCGCAAGCUUCAUUAGCCAACUUGGAGAACAUAAAUACUUCAAGCAUCACACCUAUCAAAGAGAUUGGCUCCAUGAUAAAGAAGAAACCAAAUCAAAUGAAAAAGGGGUCUGGGGCCAAGAAAGGUGGUUUGAGGGCCCAGAAAAUGAGCAGCAAGAGUUUUAAUGAGCUUGAAAAGCAAGCACAAGCCGUGGAUAAAAUGAAAGAGCAGGAAGAUGCACACGUCGGCAGAAGUGAGAGAGAAGAGCCACUUGUGUCAUCUUUACGACUGGCCUACAAAGACCUUGAAAUUCAGCUGAAGGAAGACCAAUUGAAUUUGCCUGCUAAAAAGAAAACAGAAGCAGAAAGACUCGGCAUGGGAUUUAGCAGCAAUCGAAGUGGCAUAUCCCAUUCGGUAACCUCAGAUAUGCAGAUCAUAGAACAAGAAACACCUGCAGUUGCAAAACCAAGGAAAAAGUACGACGAUGAGGACUCUUAUUUUUCUUUGCCCAGUUCAAGAUAUUUUGACUCGGCAGACCUCAGGAGCAGCCCUUUCUCCAAAUGGGAUGACAACUCUGAUUCUUACUGGAAGAAAGAAAGCAGCAACAGAUAUGUGGACACCACUCGGUCUUUGAAAACUGUGGAUUAUUCAGACAGGCCUGCCUCUCGCCGUAAACCUGAGUACGAACCUUCUGCAAACACUGAUGAGGCUCAGAAGAAAUUUGGAAAUGUUAAAGCUAUUUCUUCAGAUAUGUAUUUUGGAAAGCAAGACCAUACUGAAUAUGAAGCUAGAGCUCGGUUAGAGAGACUUUCUGGAAGCUCUGCCAUAAGCUCUGCGGACCUGUUCGAAGAGCAGAAGAAACAGCCGUCAGGAAGUUACACCAUUUCAAAUGUCCUGCAGUCUGCUCCAGAUAUGGCUCAGUUUAAACAAGGAGUGAAAUCAGUCGCUGGAAAACUUUCUGUCUUGGCCAAUGGAGUCAUGACUUCUAUUCAGGACCGGUAUGGAUCGUAAUGUUUGCAUUCCAAUAAACCUCGAACACAGAAGAAGGCUUUCUUAUGGUUAAUAUAUGUCUGCUGGUGAUCAUCCCGCAGAUCGUAAAAUUAAGGCUGCCUUAACAUUUGUAGAAUAUGUUAUUCUGGUUGAUUUGGCACCAAUAGUUUUACUGCAUGUCCUUCUAGUUCCUAUAACACUUUACUUUAAUGUAGUAAUUCGUUGUUACUCCUCCUUUCUAAAAUUGCCCAUGUGCUUAUUCUGUUAUGAAUUAUGUCUUUGUCUCUCCCCCUCCCCGCCCUCUUGUGGGCAUGAGGCAAGGAUAUGAUGUAUGCUGUUAGAUCUUACACAGAGUAGGCAUAGACACUAGCAAUAAAUACUUGUUCAUAAGCUUUAGUUUCCUCAUAGAAGAAAGGAGCUGAUAACAAGUCUUCAUAGUGGAGAUCUCAAAUUGAUAGUCCUGCUUCCAUAAUUGGGAGUCUCCUUUGGGGUUGUGUUCUCCUACUUUUGAUGGGUAGGUUCAAGAGAUCCUGCAGAUAAUGGCAUGCAGAAUCUUCCUUUACCUAAUUAUUGAAUUGCCAGGCUAAGAGGAAAUCCUGCAGAAAUAAUUC